AUGGAGAUGGAGGAUCCUCCCCCCAGCUCAGUAGUGCGCCUGAACCCCAAGGCCGUGGAGCCAGUUCCCCCACUGACCCCAAUAGGCACCCCCAUUCUCUUUCAUCUACCAGGGGAGGGAGGCUCCAAUACAUCCAUCCAGGAGCAGGUGGCAGCCACACCACCAGGGACCCAGGCAACGGACCAGCACAUAGCCCCGAGGACUGACCAGAACAUGAACCAGCAACCCAACCCCCCCGAAACCAUCCAGACCCCACAACCCAAUCCCCAGCUCAACACCCAGCCCCCCGAACAAAGAAGCCACCAAAUUCCAACAAUGACAAUCAGCCAGGAGUGCCCGAACAGCCACAGAUUGUGCACCAUGGCGACUGAGAGCGCACCCCCAUCCCCACAAAGGAACCAACCAGUCCACCACAGCAACACCCACAAUGAGAGUACCCCAUACAAGGGAGGGCACAUGCCCAGACACCCCCAGGCACACUGUGCAGAGCCACCCAAGCGAGAGCCCCCAAUACACCCCCCCACUCACAGCCCCCCACAGCCCAGACCCCCAGCCAAGCACAAGACCGCAGUCACAGCCAGAGGCCCCAAAGCCCACCAAUGUACAAAGGGCAUCCAGGCCAGGGCCGGGCGCCGGCGCAUGCACGGGCCCAAGAUCCCAACAACAUACCAGCCAAGACCCGAGACCCCUGGGCCAAGCCGGGACCCCAGUGAGGGAGCAACACUCCCCCAGAACCCCACGCCCACCCAGGAGCAGCCAGAUCAGGCCAGUAACCUGUGUCUGCUGGUGUAG